CAGAAAAACAUCAUAUCCUUUUCUGUGACAUAAUUUGCUAUCUACUUUCAAACAGCAACAACAAUGGAAGUUCUUGGUCUUUCAUUUUCACCUUUAAUCUCAACUCCAAAGAAUCCAAAAACCAAACCCUAUUACACUAACAACUUAUUAGCCAAAACCCAUAUCUUAAAAACUUUAUCUUUUCCAUGUGAACCACUUAAUCAGUUUCAGUCCAAAUCCAAUUGUAAAUGGAGUGUGAGAGCACAAGCAGUUGAUGAAGAUUAUGAGUUGAAGCAAGUUAAAGAUAUGGCUGCUGCUAGGAAGAGAUGGGAAGCCUUGGUGAGGGAGGAGAAAGUGAAACUUCUUACCCCAAAGGAAGCUGGAUAUGCAAUUCAACUUUCUGGCAAAACCUUACUUGAUGUUCGUCCAUCUACAGAGCAUGAAAAGGCAUGGGUUAAAGGAUCAACUUGGAUCCCAAUCUUUGAUGUUGAUUCUCAACUUGAUGCUGGAAGUCUUUCAAGGAAGGUCACAAGUUACAUGAUGGGAGGUUGGUGGAGUGGUGUGCCUACGUUAUCUUAUGAUAACCAAUUCGUAGCUAAAGUCACAGAGAAAUUUCCGAAAGAUACAGACCUUAUUGUUGCAUGCCAAAAGGGAUUGAGAUCGUUAGCUGCCUGUGAACAGCUAUAUAAUGCUGGUUAUAGAAACCUUUUUUGGGUUCAAGGCGGUCUAGAGGCUGCGGAAGAAGAGGAUCUCGAAAGAGAAGGUCCUCAGCCCUUUAAGUUUGCUGGAAUUGGUGGGCUUUCUGAGUUCCUGGGUUGGACUGACCAGCAAAGAGCUCAAGCUGCAAAGGAGGGUUGGGGUUACCGACUAGUUUUUUCUGCUCGAUUGUUGGGGGUCGUUCUUGCUGCCGAUGCACUGUUUAUUGGGAUUCAGCAAGUUGCUCGGUAUCUUCAGGAUAUAAGGGGUAAUUAGAGAUCUAGUUUUGCUUGAAGAGUUCCCUAGAGAUUAUAGAUGUCACAGGCUUCUUUCACCAUUCUGCUGCUUCUCUGUUUGUGCAUGAUUUUCAUGAGGUGAUUAUGCUGUUAUUGCCUCAUAAAUUUUGCCACAAAUAUAUGUGUAUAAAUGUAUAAUCUAGCAUAACAGAUGUCUUGGUAUUAACUGUUUUUUCACUUA